GUUUCUUGAUUACGUUUGUCAAAUUAUCACCAGUGUGACAAUUUUCAUUUAUAGGAGGCCAACAGUUUUGCUUGACUUUGAAUCGGUUGAAUCACUCUGAAAUAUCGUGUUAAGGGGAAACGAUAAAGAAAAGCCGUUCUACACUCCUUCCACGUACCAAAAAAGAGAACUGAGUGGGUGGGGAAAAACCGCAAAUCGGUCGUGGGAGAAAAAGAGAAAGUCUGAGCCCGUCAUUGGCGUCGUUUAUCGCUGCCAGCCAAGCGAGCCCAAAAAUGAGCCGGCCUCUGACGGCCAACUCUCGCAACGAAGCCGAAAUGAUGUCGAAAGCCAAACGCCAACAAACCAUGGCGCAGGAUCCACUUGAAAAGCUGCGUUGUCAACUGCUGGCUCGCGGAGCCACCGGAAUUCUCGGAUUUGGCAAGGUUUUUCGUCGCAUGGAUGACGAUGGAAAUCGCUCGCUGAGCUUUGAAGAAUUCAGUAAAGGAAUUGAUGAAAGUGGUGUCAAGACUGAAGAUGGAUGUCGCGCACUCUUCGAUGCUUUCGACAAGGAUGGUUCUGGAUCUGUUUGCAUCAAUGAGUUUCUAAAAGCUAUACGGCCACCCAUGUCGGAAGGGCGCAAACGAGUCAUUGCUGAAGCUUUCAAGAAGCUUGACCGAACUGGAGACGCUAUUGUUACUCUCGAAGAUUUAAAUGGCGUCUACAAUGUAAAACACAAUCCGAGAUAUUUGAGCGGAGAGGAUACUGAAGAGCAAAUUCUCAAAAAGUUCCUUGCCAAUUUCGAAGCAAAUGGUUCAAUCGAUGGAAUGGUGACGUACGACGAAUUUCUAGACUAUUACGCCGGAGUCAGCUCGUCGAUUGAUCACGACGCCUACUUUGAUCUGAUGAUGAGACAGGCGUGGAAAAUCUAAUGGAUUUUCAUUCCGUAAUUAAUUCAUUUUGUGUUCCGCGUGGUGGAGUACGAGCGCAAAUCUUCUGAUGAGCGAGGAUCUUUUAUACGGCUGCCGAGAUGACCUAUCCCAUAUCGCCUGCGUCAUGCUGCUCUUUCUUCUCAAAUAUACAUUUCCCUUCUUCCAAAAUUGUAAUUCUAUUUUCAGGUUUUGUUUCAUCCGUUGGAGAUGUUCUUUGUUUCUUUCCAAUCCAUUUUUGACCUUAUCCAUUUCUUGCGAAAUUGAUACCCCUCCCUAUUGCCCUCUUUCUCUUCGUUCCUUGCCGUAGGUUUUUAUUACAACAUCUAUUUAGGGCUAAUUGAAUUGUCCAAAUGCCUUGUGCUAAAUUGAACAUAAUGUUACAUUUAAAUGGUGACUUCAAAAUAAAUUUGACAGUAACA